AUGGAUCAGGAGGAUCCACUCGUCAAGGCUCUCCCGCCAGCGACCGACUAUCUGACCUAUCUCACCCUCCUCGAAUAUCAGCUAACGCCCGAACGUCUUCCCCUCUUGCAUCAUUUGCUUCAAGAUGAGAAGCUCACUACCAACAUUGGCUGGGACCUGGUCAAGCUCCUUUUGCCCAUGCUCCCUGCCUCAACAGAAUGUCUGCAGGAUGUCGCACGAUUGGGUAAUCCGCGCGAGGUGAUCCUGCGCGUCUGCGAAGCACUGGAAACUUUGCAGCCAGAUGAUGGGGAUAGCGACGACGUGGAGGAUGACCAGCAUCAGAGUCGGGGCGGGGAGGCCUCGCUUCCAUCACAUGUACUGCAAUUCAACUGCCUGGUAGCGAUGCUGUCAGUCCUGCACCAACGUCUACAGGCUAAGCGGCCCAGUCGAUUUGUGGCCACCUCGCUCAAGGCGGCCUUGGAAGCGUACGAGACAAUGACCUGUGACGAGACGACACUGGCACUCUUGGAAUUCUUCCGUGAUCUGACGCCCAACAAGCGUCCUGCUCCUCCACCCCGUGCGCCCAGUGAGUCAAGCGUCGUUCGAGUUGCACAAGCCUCUGCGCCUGAUCCGGAGGCAGAGGUGCAAUCGCCUGCAUUGUCAAAAGAUACCGAGGCGAAUUUGGUGCGCAAGCUUGUUCAAUUUGGUCUGCUGGAGAUGCUGAAGCUGUACCUGCUGAGCUUCUCCGGUCCCAUGGACCCAGGGAUGGCAUGGACUGUGCGCAUGCAGGAAAAGCUGAACCCUCACCUGCGACUACCGUCUCAGUCCCAAAUGGAGGCAUACGGUUCUAUCAAGGAACUGAAAGAGCGGGAUAUGAUGAUGGGCCGAAUUAAUCAACGAGUUGCUUUCUAUCGUUUCUCGCUCGCCCGAGAGCCAUGCCCUCCUCUCGACUUUGAUGAGCCCCCAGAGAAAGUGGACGACAUUCAUCUCGAGAGACAUGGAUCUUUGCUGCUUUUGGCCGCUCGUGGGGCCGGAGCCACCUUGUACAAGACCUCCACUAAUCCCAUGCCGGCCUUGCCAGUCUUUCCCGACCUUGCGCGGAUUUUUUCCAACUUUCUCGGAAGUAGUGAGAACCUGGAAGAGGUUGCAUUUGGACAACCGCAUGCACUAUUAGACUCGCUGCUCGCAUUGACCGUCCACUCCACGCAGUCUCAAAUUACCACACCCUCUCGUGACGCCGAGUUCGCCCAAUUUUUGAUGAGUCUGACAGCAUGUACGGCACGUCAAAGCCAUGGAAUCGUUCGACAGAUUCCAGCGGCAAUCUUCCACAGUCACCCAUCCUCCACGACGCGCUUCCAGAUUGUGCGCCGGAUUUUGGAAGACAAACGGUACCUUUCCAUCCGCGACAGCGCCAUCUCAUGGUUCAAAGAAGAGCUUCUAGACACGAAGCCUUCAGAGUCACAAGAAACGGUCUUCCAUGAUCCCUUGUGGUUCUGGUCCAUUUUCCCACUUCUCAUGCAGCCUGUGGACGUUGAAGACGCAACGGCUGCUUCAAAGCUUGUGGUGAGCUGGUCUCGCCUCACACAAACCGAAGGCCCUUCUCUCCACUCUGCAUUGAACUUGUACUUUCUUCUCCUCUCCUCUGACGACCUGCGCAACCGACUUCAACUAGAGAAGACGGUGAAAUACUUCCGAAGUCAAGUUCUCAACCCACUUCGCCAGGUCUUCCGUACUUUUGAGAAUGACCUCUCAUCCAAGGGCGGAGAUGGUCUGAUCGAGGGAGCAGUUGGCACAGAUAUGUGUCAGGCCGGGCUUACGCGAUCUGCAGGACUGAUUGGGCUCACUUUGGAUCAAAUCGAGGAACUCAUCAACGAGCACUUUGGUACGGAUGAUGCCGAUCUUCAGAAGUACACCGCCGACGAGGAGGCAUCGGUGGAGGAAAUUCGGAAGAAAACGGCUGGACUUGAACUGUCAUGA